UCUCGUCCGAAAUGGCUGCUGUCCAUUGUCUCGGCUGCGCGGGAUUUCUCCAGAGACAGCGCCUUGCCUAUUUCCUAGCUAAUCCACACUAUGGCAGCCUCAUUAAUGCAGAUGGCUAUGCUGAAGUGUGGACAGAUUGGAAUGAUAUGUCCAAGUUUUUCCAGUAUGGAUGGAGAUGUACCACUAAUGAGAAUGCCUAUUCAAACCGUACCCUGAUGGGAAACUGGAACCAGGAAAGAUAUGACCUAAGGAAUAUCGUGCAGCCCAAACCCUUGCCUUCCCAGUUUGGACACUACUUUGAAACAACAUAUGAUAUGAGCUAUAACAACAAAAUGCCACUUUCAACUCAUAGGUUUAAGAGAGAGCCUCACUGGUUUCCAAGACAUCAACCUGAGCUGGAUCCUCCUCGAUACAAAUGCACAGAAAAGUCAACUUAUAUGACUAGCUACUCAGAGCCUCAAACUGGGCAUCACUCUGCAUGUAUGUGGAAUCGUCCUAACUGCCCAUUUCAGGGUCCAGGAUUCUAAGACAGAAUAAGAAGCUUCAUUUUUCCAGAGUAAAGUGUAGGAGGGAGCACAUUCUAAGCACAACUAAGAAUUUAGCUGACUAUAACACAGUUCACUGUCUGAAUAAAGAAAGCACAGAAAAUAUUCCCUACCCCCUU